AUGGUCUUUGGAGGUUUAAAAGUCAAAUCUAAAGCUAACAAUAUCCCCACAGUGCAAUUGCCUGGCGACAAGCCCAGUAAAAGGCAAAUUUAUCAGUAUCGUCAGAAUUAUGGGGUCAAUCUCGGUGCUUGUUUCGUGUUAGAGAAAUGGAUCUUCCAUGAUCUCUUCAUCGAUAACACCAAUUUCGAAUUGGAAGCUGCUGAGAAGUCAAUGCUGAAGCUCGGGAAGGAUGAAGCACAAAAGAAGUUUGAAGACCAUUGGAAUGGAUUCAUGACCGAUGACGAUUGGAAAUGGUUAGAGGACCAUAAUGUCACCUCCCUCAGAAUCCCAGUAGGUUAUUGGGAAGUCGAUGGUGGGAAGUUCACUGAUGGAACGAAGUUUUCUAAAGUCAAGGACAUUUAUAAGAAUGCUUGGACUAUCUUUAAAUCGCAAUUCGUUGAGAAAGCAGGUAAUCAUGGGAUUUCCGUGGUCGUAGAUAUCCAUGGAUUACCAGGAGGUGCCAAUGGAGAUUCUCAUAGUGGAGAGAAGGAAGGAGGAGAUGCCGAAUUCUGGUCAUCAUCAUCGGCCCAAUUAUCGAUGUGUGAUAUGUUGAGAUUCAUCGCUAAGGACUUAAAAUCUUAUGACAACAUUGGUGGGAUCCAGGUGGUAAACGAGUCUGUAUUUGCUGAUGAUCCGAAGAAACAAAGAUAUUACUAUGGGGCCGCGAUCAAUCUGAUAAGGGAAGAAGAUAAGGAAGUCCCCGUGAUCAUUUCUGACGGAUGGUGGCCCGACCAAUGGGUUAAAUGGGUCCAGGAAAAGCAAGAUAACGGUAAUAUUGGAGUGGUGGUUGAUCACCAUUGUUACAGAUGUGCUUCCGAUAACGAUAAGAAGAAAUCUCCACCCCAGAUCAUUCAGGACUUAGAAGGAGACUUAUUGACCAACUUGAAUGAUGGGGGUAAAGGAGUGGAUUUCAUGAUCGGGGAGUAUUCUUGUGUCAUGGACGGUCAAUCAUGGGACAAAGACAAUGCCAAUGCCAAGAGAGAUGAUCUUGUGGUUGAUUUCGGUCGUAAACAGACGGAGUUGAUGAACCAAAGAGCAGGGUUUGGGUGGUUUUUCUGGACUUUUAAGUUCCAAAGUGGUAAUGGAGGUGAAUGGGAUUUCAAAACCAUGUCUGAUAAGGGCGCCAUCAGUUGUCCCAUAGCCUUUAGGGGUAAAAGCAUUCCAGAUGAUGGUAAACGAGAUAAACGAGGCGAGGAAGAAUUUAACGGUCAUAAGAAUUAUUGGGAUAAUGCCAACCCUAAGGAGAAGUAUGAGCACGACCGAUUCAAGGAUGGUUUCUUGACUGCCUGGAAUGAUUCCAAGACUUUUGCUGAGUUCAACGGGUCAGUAAUUGGUAGGAAAGAGGCUUGGAAAGGGGGUAGAUUGGCUGAGCAUAUUAAAGCUAAGGGAAAGGGGAAACAUGUUUGGGAAUGGGAACAUGGGUUUGAUGCUGGGUUAAAGGCGUUUAAGGAUAGUUGGUAG